UCUACCAUGAAUUCUUAUCUUAUUGACUACUAUCGUCAACAGAGACUUUGCACCUCUGUUGUUGCACUCACCGCUCUCUGUGCUAGCUUUACUACAGUCCUUAUGGCUCAACCUGAAGUAACAUCAAUGCCGGACAAUGCGGCAAAGGUGCACUGGCAAGAGACAGAAGUGGACGUUCUACUCCAACAUCUGAUUGAGAAUCGGGCAGCGGGUGGUGAUGGCGGGAACUUCACAAAUACUACCUUCAACAGCGCAGCAACUGCUAUCAAUGACAAUCACGCGAUUCAAACAAUAGGCCCUCCGAAGACGGCCAGGAUGGUUAGGACAAAGUGGACAUCGCUCAAAAAAAUCUUCAAUCAAAUCGAGAAUUAUCGCAAUGUGUCUGGUUUCCAUUGGGAUAAUGUGCGGGGGGCUGGAAUCGAGGGUCGUGCUGCUGGUGAUGUUUGGGAUACGUAUGUUAACCCCAAUUCACAAGCUGUGAUGCGCCCCUUUCGCAACAAAGGGUGGGCUCGAUACGACAACAUGCAGCUGAUCAUAGGUGAUAAUAGCGGUGCUCGUGGAAGGCACGCGUUGCACCCAGCUACUGCGCCCCCUCCGUCUGUCAAUACUGCAGAUGACGUGCCUGAUGUUUUUGACGGAGGCCUCGGCCUUCUUGAUAUGGAUGUAGACACUGCUGGAGCCGCUGCCCCCAGCGAUGUGCCAGACAUGAGCCCUGAUUUAAUGAUGCCACUUAGCGCCCAGCUUCAUGGAACCUCCGCUACUUCUCAGGCUGCCGGCUCGCAGUCCAGUAAGCGCAUGCGCACCGACACUUUUGUCGACUCUUCAUCUCAACGCACUGGUGCCCCUCCCGUGUCCAACAAUCCUGUUCCUCUUUCAUCAACUGCCGCAAAGAUUGCUGCCAAGAUUACUCCAGCAGUUGCCGUCAUGAACAUGCAAGGUAGCAUCAACCGUCUCACAGAUGUUAUCGAGAAGACCAUAGCCACUCCGCCUCCGCUUCCACCACCAGUCCCUCAGGUUGUUGUACCAACUGUACCAAAUAUCAUCUCUCGCGGCCUAGAGAUUAUGCGCAGCAAAGAUGGAGAUUUUUUGUCAGUUGGUCAGAGAGCCAGUCUCCUGCGCAUAUUUUCCCUUGCAGGAGGGGAUAACAAGCUUGCUAUCUAUGUUGGGCUCGAGGAUGACUACGAGACACGCCGUGCAUUUAUCUUAGAGCUCUUGGACUCUCCACCGCUGCAGUAG